CAUCUCUGGCUCCUCUGCAGUAAAAAAAAAAUCGCUCACCUUAUUUUGUUUGAUCUGAUGACGCCUUCACUUCCGGACCAAUAGUAAACAGGUCCGAAUGCGCAUGCGCACUAUAUUCAAUGGCAAUUGUUGAUAAUCAGCUGGAGUUAUUUUUUUGCAUUUGGUGAAAUAUUGAGCCCGAGCCCCCGCCAGCGGGGCCUGUUAUAUAGCGUACUCACGUUAGCUUUCGGUCUUACAUGAAGGGCUAAUGGAAGACGCAAGGGAUUUGGCCGAACGCACUUCACGGUCCGAAAGAAAGAGAAGAGACUCAUUUGGCAUGUUUGACGGGUAUGAGAGCAGCGAGGAGUCGAGCAGCAGCUCCAGCACAGAGGACAGCGAGGAUGAAGAGCGCAGUCUUCCUGCCGGUCUUCCCCUCAUCAAGAACAAUGGGCAGGUGUACACCUAUCCAGAUGGAAAAGCUGGCAUGGCGACUUGUGAAAUGUGUGGAAUGGUUGGGGUCCGCGAUGCUUUUUACUCCAAAACAAAGAGGUUCUGCAGUGUAUCCUGUUCCAGAAGUUAUUCCUCCAACUCGAAAAAAGCCAGCAUACUGGCCAGACUUCAGGGGAAACCACCAACAAAAAAAGCAAAGGUCUUACAGAAACAGCCGCUCAUGGCAAAAUUGGCAGCUUAUGCACAGUAUCAAUCGAAUCAGCAGAGCCCUGCUAAGUCAAAAUCAGCUAUUCCUGUAGAGGGCUUUGACUGGGGUCAGUACAUUUGUAGCAAUAACCUGAUCGGCGCACCAGUAAGCUGUUUCAAACAUAUAUCCAUGCGUUUGUUUUGGGGUGACAUUACUGAUGGUGUGAGGGUAGAGGUUCUUAAUUCUGACACAAACCUAUCCCCCAAAGUUUACUGGAUAGCAGAGAUCAUUAAAAUAGCAGGUUUUAAAGCACUUCUCCGAUAUGAGGGAUUUGAUAACGACUCGAGCCAUGACUUCUGGUGCAAUCUGUGCAUCCCAGAAAUCCAUCCUGUUGGAUGGUGUGCCUCGAAUAGUAAACCCCUGGUACCUCCUAAAUCAAUUCAGCAUAAGUGCUCUAACUGGAAAGGAUUUCUUGUAAAGCGACUCACUGGAGUGAAAACUCUGCCACCUGACUUUGCUAAAAGGGUGCAAGAGAACAUGCAAUACCCAUUUAAGAAGCUGAUGCGUGUGGAGGUGGUGGAUAAAACUCACCUGUGCCGGACACGUGUAGCUCUGGUCGAGCAGGUGAUAGGGGGCCGGCUGCGACUCGUCUAUGAAGAGAGCCAGGACGGCUCAGAUGACUUCUGGUGUCACAUGUACAGCCCACUCAUUCAUUCCAUCGGCUGGUCAAGGAGCAUCGGGCAUCGCUUUAAAAGAUCUGAGGUGACAAAGAAAAUUGAGGGUCUAAUGGACGCACCUUGCCAGUUAUUUCUAAAGGUGAAGGAUGUAGACCAGAGUGGCGAGUGGUUUAAAGACGGCAUGAAGUUGGAAGCAAUAGACCCUCUCAAUCUCUCAGCUAUAUGUGUCGCUACUGUAAGAAAGGUGUUGGCAGAUGGGUACCUCAUGAUUGGGAUCGAUGGCUCAGAAGCAGCAGAUGGCUCCGAUUGGUUCUGCUACCACUCCACCUCUCCCUCCAUUUUCCCAGUGGGCUUCUGUGAAAUCAACAGCAUCGAGCUCACGCCUCCGAGAGGGUACAACAAACUGCCAUUCAAAUGGUUUGACUACCUCAGAGAAACAUGUUCAAUAGCAGCCCCUGUGAAGCUCUUUAACAAAGAGGUCCCGAAUCAUGGCUUCCGCGACGGCAUGAAGCUGGAGGCGGUGGACCUGAUGGAGCCACGUCUGGUGUGCGUAGCCACAAUAACCAGGAUCGUCCACAGACUCCUCCGCAUUCAUUUCGAUGGUUGGGAGGAGGAGUAUGACCAGUGGGUGGACUGUGAGUCUCCAGACCUUUACCCUGUAGGCUGGUGUCAAGUCACUGGCUACCAGCUCCAGCCCCCUGCUGCACAAACCACAAGAGAAGCACCACCUAAUGUGGCAAAGCAGAAAAAGAAAGCUCCACAGUACAAAGGACAAAAGAAAAAGAGGAAGAUUCCAGUUGGGAGGAGGCCGCUGUUUGGUGGGUCUCUGAGGAGGAGCAGUUUCUCAGGCGAUGAAGAGCAGACUCCGUCCCUUUACCUUCCCCACCCACCUGGUGUGGAGCGUGAUCGCUCACUCAACUCAGAGGCCACGCUGCAGAUAAAGGAGGAGACUCCAGAGGUGGACGAGUUCACCUUCUCCCAGGGCACAUCAGACCAAGAGAGUAACGGCUCGGGCAGUUACUACAUCAAACAGGAGCCGUGAGCGUCGGCCCUGCCGGAGCCUUACCUCACUGCCAACAGCACUGGAAGAUCCCGUUCAGAGCAACACACACUCACACACACUCGCGCACGACCUGGGAGAACAGGGUGACCUUGCUUCCUCUUGCACGCCAGGUCCUUUUCUUUUCAGGUAAGAAAAGCUGAUGAUGAGACGAUUCAAAGUUCCGCCAGAGAGAGAAACAUGCCUGGGAUUUUCUUUGGAGAGGGGAUAUUUCCUGACUUUUGUUCGAUCAGUUUGCCAGAUGGACUUUUCCUCAGUGAUCAUUGUACUUGAAGUUUUUCGUAGCUGUUUUUUUUUUUUUUUUUUUUUUUUCUCCUCCUUUUUUUUCUGUAAAAUUUUCAGUAACUUUUUUUCUUUCCUUUCCCAAGACCAUGUGUCUCAUGCGCUGAUUUAUGUCAAAAGCUCUUUUAUCUGGAUGGGUGUGGAUUUUGUAAGAGCAGUAAAAAUCUAUAUUGAUAAAGUAUAUCCAUAUAUGUAUAACAUUAAUGAAAUAGUAGAGUAGUGGAGUAAGGGUUAAUAUUCUAUUGGUCAUAAACCUUUCUGGUAAGAAGAGGCAUAGCCUAAUGGAAAACACUGUCACAUUUUUGCACUACAGGGAUGUAAAAUUAAAUGUAUAUCAGCCUGUGAAAAUGUUGAAGUUACAGCUUUAUUGUAUUAAACGACAAGCAAAUGUACAAUAUGUAUAGUGGCUGACACGUCGACCAUUCAGCGAGGGGAUAUUUGCUCUAAUCAGCAUUACGAUAUGCAAGAACAUUUAUUUGAUAUGAAGCCAGUGUUGAUUAUCUCUUGAUUUCAUACGUGGAGCCAUUUUUCUAUACUGGUUUAAGUAUUUUAUGAGCCACAGAAUAAAGAAAAGAAGAACAUGAUCUUUACUAGCCACUCAACACUACUUUGCCAUGAUCUUAAACUCACACAGCAGAGACUUUUCUGUAUCGCCGAGCUGUGAGGUCCGAGUUCAUCCCUGAACGCCAUGACAGUUUACCAGCCUCUCUGCUUUUGUACUGAACCAAUGAGCGAUCACGCCUAUAUCCUGCGAGCAAUCGUCCGUCUGACGUGUUCGACGUCCGAACGUUCAUUCCAGAAUAACAGAUUUUUUUUUUUUGUACUACCUCUUUAAAAAUGAGUUUAAAUCUACGUCGGCUAAGGGUUCACCUGUAAUCACGCCGCUUCUGCUCGGUUCUUUAACCAUCUUCCUGCAAUAGCUAGUUUUCACUUACCAUCAGAAGGACUAUAAUUCACCGUAUGCAAAAUGAGUUUAUAAAUUCACAUGCACCAUAUAUUCUACUUUACAAGUUACCAAACAUUUAUAUUUGUUACAUAUUGUGAUAUUGAGAGUCCUUAAAAUUGAAGAUAUGCAAUAAUACAGUAGUGUUGUUUUACAAUGUCUUAUUCUUUAAAAAAAAAAUAUCAGAAGACAUAAAUAUAUACCUACAUUCUAUAAAGCUAAAUCAGAUACUCUUACAAUAUGUUGUAAAACUGUGAUGAUUUUGUAGAAGCUAGACUUUCCCUCUUACGGACUAUGUUGGGUGUUCUAUAAAAAAAAAAGAAAAGGGAAAAAAAAAACAUGCGAUAUUGUUUGCAUAGUGAUUUAUAUAAUUCUUCUAUAAUUAUAAUCUCUAUCAGUACCAGUGAGGCUGUUGGUGAAUUUCUCAGGAAAUCUUGUAUUUCAUUGGCUUUUUUUAUAAUUAUAAUUAUAAUUAUUAUUAUUAUUAUUAUUAAUUUUUUAAUUUCCUCAUAUUUACUGAAUCAAGUUUCCAUAUCGAUGUGAAUGUUUUCCUGCAUUUGCUUACAUCUACAGUACCUCAUAGAGUAAAUACAGAACUCAGAAGCCAAACGAAAUCUUUCUAAUGCCCUGUCACUCAAAGCCGGCCCCACAGAGCCACAGCGGCGCACUGAGCAUCAUCUCUCCGCGUCUCUUGCCGUCUCUCGGCGCCUGCGAAGGCUGUGGGUCGGGUGCGAACGGGAGAAAGCGUCAACCUGUGCAGUGCUCUGGCUUCUCACCACAGACUCGCUCACAUGGACCCCAUUCCACUCUCUUGUUUUCUUUUUUUUUCUCCUUCUUCUUCCCUUCACUCCUCGCUCCGUAUGCCAGUUUUCCAGAUUUUCCCCUAGCUAGAUGUUGAUCAUUUUGGUGUUUGUUUUCGACUCUAUAUGACAUCUGUUGAAGCAAUAACGCGUUACGCUACAAUGUUGUCAUAUCGAUGUGUUGGUUUUUUUUUUUUUUUUUUGCAUCUGUGGUUGCUUUGUACAGUUGUGAAGAUUUUUUUUAUUUUUAUUUUUUUGCUUUACUUCCAUUUUGACUGUUCACUUGUGGUCUUUUAAAGCAGUCUCAGUUUUCUAUAUAGGCUAUUCCUCGAAAAUCAUAGCAUCAGGAUUACGGUCAACACUGGUUUGAUGUCAGCUCAUGUUAUUUUUAAAAUGAUUCUUAUUUUCAUUUUGACCAAAUUCACCUAGUUGUCUGCAUCUAUUAAGACAUGACUGUUUCAAGGCAUGAGAUUUUUGCUGCUACCCUCCAAUCAAUCGUAACACACCCUAACGCACAACUUCACCUUUAAAGCUAAAAAAGUUUCUCGACAUUAAAUGUGAUGCCUUAUCCUGUUUGUUCAAUAUUAGAAAUGUUAAAAAAAUGUUUCUAAGAAUAAGAAUAAGAAAUAAAGUAAUUAAGGGAUAACAAUGUGCAGUAGGUUGAUAAUCAUCAGUGCAUGCAGCAAUGUGAGAAUCCGAGAAGACCGACGCUGUUCUGGUCUCCAAUACUAACACGGGUUUUUGUGAUAUUUUUCCCUGUCCUUAGUAAUGACGUCAUGGUGCUAUAUAUUUGAUAAUUCAUUCGCUUGAUCUAUGAGAGGAAAUCAAGUCUGUCUGUAAUUUUAGGGUGGAGACUGAACAUUUAACGUGAAAUCUUAAAAAUGAUUAAAAAAAAAUAUUAAAAAUCUGUAUUUUGGAUACAAGUAGCUGAAUUAUUUGUAAUAAUAAAAACUGAACUAACAUUAGCCCUCAUGGUACAUUAGAGGUGAGGGUUUGGGGUUUGUAACUUUUUUCAUAGUCUGUACAUGUUCUUUCUUUUUGUUUCCUAUGAUCCUUUGUGCUGUGAUUAUAGGAUUUGAUAGCUUCUAAUGUAUAUAGUUCAGAUGUGUGUGGGGGGAGGGGUCUCUUGUUGGUUGAGAACACGUUAAUUUGUUUACAAGCAUUGCAAACUGUUUCCGCAUGGCUGUGAAAAAUGUAUCUGUUGACUUUUGACAAACAUUUUACACUGAAUUAAAGGAUGCUUUUAAAAAAAAAAGGUCUCUUCAAAAAGUCUGUUAUUAACAUGAGCUACGUACAGACUAACGUUACACAGUGUGGGAGGAUGGGAAGACUUAAGAGCACACGCUGCCGCCUUGUUUACGUGCUUUUUAACACUACGGUUUUAACAAUGGACAUUGUCUCAGCAGCUUUACAGAACAUAAACAUUGUACAGAACGUUUAAUAUUAUAUUAAGAUUAAUAUUACUUAUUUUAAACACUUGUAUUUAUUCCCAGCGCGCGAGCCUGCGGUGACUGAAGCGACUGUGUGUUAAAUAUUUGCAAAAGCUUUUACUCCUUUUUAAUAGACCUGAAGAUUUAUAAAAAAUUAUUAGCUGAUAAAAAAUAAAAUGAAAUUAUUCCUGGGACCACGGCACACUUUCUAUAGGAAGUUGUGGCAGUGACUGGUGAGAGAAAUCAGGGCUUCCUGAGCUUAAAAUUCCAGAUCACCGCUUUUUUUUUCCUUUUCUUUUUUCCUGUGUGUGACAUGAACGGUGCAUAAUAUUUAUACCUAGAAUCAUCAAAAUGUGCAUUUGGUGUUGUCCAGCCAAGCAGGAAAUGAAACUCAAGCAGGCUACAUUUGAUUUAUUUAAUGAUUUAUUUAUUUAUCCAUCCAGCCAAGUCUAGACUGAGCUUUCAGCUAAAGUUGCUAAAGACAGUGGUUUUCUUCUUAGGAACUUUUUCACUUUUGUAAUCAACAUACUAGAAAUUCUGAAUCCAACAAAAAAAAUUAAACAAUGAGGCGAUGACGGUGUGUUGGAAAAAAAAGUAAAAAUCAAAGCCAUCAAAUCAAAGUACAAUGUGCCAUAUUACUUCGUGUGAUUCGAUUGUUAACAUUAAUUUACACAAAUCUUGUAUGAUAAAAAAAAAACAGUGCUUUUCUUCCUUCAGU